UCAAAUUAAUUUGACUAUUUACUUCUACAUUAUAUUACUUCUUACAUUACACGUGAUAUUGUUAUACAAUAACAACAGAAUGGGUUGUGAUGGCGGUACCAUUCCUCGGCGUGAUGAACUCGUUCGUAUGAAAAAGAAACCAGAGCAAAAAGACAAAGAUGCAGAACGCUCCUUCAAGUGGCGCAACUGUGCGCUGUCUCAGCAGCCGCUGCAGGAGCCUGUGGUGGCGUGCGGGCUCGGCCGCCUGUACAGCAAGAGCUCCGUGCUGGAAGCCUUGCUUGACAAGGAAACCAAGCCUGAAUCCAUCAGCCACAUUAAAAACAUGAAGGACAUCAAGGACCUGAAGCUAGUGAAGAACCCUGCCUAUAUCGCCACUGAACACACAGAUGGAGAUGUUGGUGACAGCUCGCCCUACAUCUGCCCCAUCAGUGGGAUCGAGAUGUCCGGCAAGUUCCGGUUCAUGUUCCUCUGGAGCUGCGGAUGUGUGCUGGCUGAGAGGGCACUGAAAGAGGUCAAACAACACCUCUGCCAUAUGUGCCAGACACCCUUCACUGAGAAUGACGUCAUCAUACUCAACGGAACAGAAGAGGACAUAGAGCUGCUCAAAACUAAAAUGGCCACCCGCGUGGCUAACAGAAAAACCAAGAAAUCUAAAGCUGAUAAACCUAUCAAAGCAGAAGCCACUAGUGCUUCUACGGUAAUCUCAGACGCUCCCUCUACCUCAACCUCAACUGACAUCAAAACUGAGGUAAAGGAAGAGCCAGAAGCCGGAUCAAGUCAGGCUGUUAAAAAAGAAAUUGAGACCAUUCCUCUUUCCCUACCUAAGUAUAACCCUAACAAAGUGCCUAGAGGUCACUUAGGGUCACAGAAGCGAGCAUUUGGUUCUAAUGAUCUGGUACAAGACCCAUCUUACAAGAAGACAAAGAAGGAUUACAGCAUAGCGAAGGAUCCGCAGUCGUCGGAGGUGUACAAGUCUCUGUUCACGUCACAUACGAGUGAUCAGAAUCAGCAGAGGGCCCAUUGGGUUACUUAUAAUCCGUUUUACAAUUAAGUUUUAUAGCUUCAUAGAAAAUACAGUUGGGAAAUUAAGAUAUUACCUUAUUUUCCACUCC